AUGGAGUUCCCUAUUGUGGACAUUGAGCACUUGGACGAUCCCCAAUGCCAAUUGGACAUCGCCAACCACAUCGCUCGCGCGAGUCAAACCUGGGGCUUCCUUCUACUCAAGAACCAUCCCAUCCCGCAGCAAGAUGUCGGAGACAUGUUCAGCCUUGCUCGUCAGUUUUUCCUCGACGAGAGCGAAGCCGCUAAGUCCCCGUGGCCCGUCAAUACGGACUCGAUAGGGUAUAGCCGAGCUUUGUCAGAUAGAUACAAAGACGACAAGGCCAGCAUGUGGUUUGCGGGAAAAGCAGGGUUUUUGGCGCACAAUCUGCCUGCCUUGCCGCCCUUCUGGCACACUUACACUGCACAAAUCGACGAUUUCAAACAAAAGUGCCACCAGCUAAUCAUGAAGCUGCUGGUGUGCUUCGCCAUUGCAAUGGACCUGCCCGACCGCGACUUCUUCGCCAAAGCCCACUCCGAGGACAUCGGCAACGGUAACGUGUUGCGGAUGAUCUGCUACCCAGCCCGGACGCAAGCCCCGUUGGACACAACGACUCGAAUGUCUUCUCACUCCGAUUCCGGCUCGGUCACACUGCUGUUCCAGACAUGUGCAGGCUUGGAGGUGGAGUCGCCGUCCGGGGCGUGGGUACCAGCACCAUGCUUACCGGGCCACAUUCUGGUCAAUCUUGGCGACGCCCUCGCCUUCUGGUCUGGUCGCCGCUUGAAGGCGACGAGGCACCGCGUCUCAUUUGCCACCGUCCCACAUGACCGGGAAAGGCUUUCGAUGGCGUACUUUGCCAAAGCCGCACCGGAAACCGUCCUUCAACCCCUGCGGAGCGGAGCAGACGAUGAGCCCAUGCGCGAGUACAAAGCGAACGGCUUGACAAUACAGCCCGGCAUCACGGUAGGAGAGUACUCCCGGUUGAUCAUGGAAAGUAUCUACGGGGCGCCAGUGGAGCCCAAUGCUCAAGAACCCAGAUCGCCGACUGCUGCAUCUGCAGCAUGA